AAAAAAAAAAAAAAAAUAUGCCCGGCACAGUGGCUGAUGGGCCAACAGUGGCCAUGUCCUUUGCCAACAAUUUCUGGGGGAAGGAUGACGCAGGUGUUGGACCCAUGCUUGAACGCAUGCACACUGCCAAAGUGUCUUGCGAUGAACUCAAGACGUUCUAUAACAUCCGUGCUGCCAUUGAAGAGGAAUAUGCACGCAAGCUGCUGGCUCUUUGCCGAAAACCCCUUGGGUCGACCGAGCUAGGCUCCCUUCGGUCUUCCUUCGAUGUUGUCCGCGGCGAAACAGAGGCAAUUGCCAAGGCACAUGGAGCUAUCGCAGGACAGAUGAAAAGGGAGUUAGAAGAGCCAUUGGUAGCGUUUGCUGGUGGAUCGAAGGAGCGGAGAAAGAUCAUACAAACAGGGAUCGAGCGCCUGCUGAAAACCAAGAUGCAGCAGACUCAGACAGUGAAUAAGACCCGAGAUCGGUACGAGCAAGACUGCCUAAGAAUCAAGGGAUACCUUGCCCAAGGACAUAUGGUCAUGGGACAGGAAGAACGCAAAAACAAAGCGAAGCUGGAGAAGACGCAGGUUCAGCUGGCCUCCAGCAGCAGCGAGUAUGAAGCUGCCAUUAAAGUGCUUGAAGAGACGACUGGUCGCUGGAAUAAAGAAUGGAAAUCAGCCUGUGACAAAUUCCAAGAUCUCGAAGAGGAACGACUCGACUUUACUAAAAGCAGUCUGUGGGCUUAUGCAAACAUUGCAUCUACUGUUUGUGUUAGCGAUGAUGCUUCGUGCGAGAAGAUCCGCCUUUCGUUGGAAGGCUGUGAGGUUGAGAAGGAUAUCAUCUACUUCAUCAAGGAAAGGGGAACUGGCCAAGAUAUCCCAGACCCUCCCCGCUUCAUUAAUUUCUGUCGGGGUGAUAUUAACGAUACCAGCUCGGAGGUCUCAGAAGAAGAUGGCUUCUCUGUAGCCCAAUUCCAGCGUACAAUCAAUCCGGCGUUUCGCAGUUCCUCCCCGCAACCAUCAACUUAUGAAUCGCAUCACGACCCACAGUCCGACCUGGCAAGCAAGAUCGUUCAUAAUAACCCCCCUACGCCUACAAGUAGGGAAACUACCAUCACUCCGCAAAAGGCGACGCAACAGCCAGCGCCCUUGGAUCUUCGCCGGGGUGGUCAACUGCCACCGAACUACGACCCUAGCGAGCAUGGAGAGAUUAGUAGUGUGCCUCACAAUGCGUAUCCAACGGAUGGUAUGACCAUGUUCUGCAGGACCGGACCUCCUUCUGAGCGGAGCUCUGGCACAAAUAGCGCCUACCGACCAUCGAGCCGUGAUUCCCAGAGUGAGAUCUCCAAUCCAACUUCUAUGUCCAGUCAGGAACCUCCCAGCGCCAGACAAUCCCCAACAAAGCCGACAAAUGGCGUGCCACUUCAUGGCAUGGGGACGGAUAAACAAAUUCAGAAGAAGAGGAGCGCCUUCUUUAGCAACAGCCCAUUCCGACGAAAGAGUCGCCAUGACAAGGAGCGCAACUCUGGCCCGUCACAGCCACCUUCUCGUGGCACAUGGGAUACGUCAAAGCCAUCAAGCCCAACUAAAGCUCCUCAGCCCCAGCCGCCAAUUUCUGCUCCUGGAAACGAUCAGCUAUCCAGUAGCCCUGAGCCUGUGGAUCCGAGAGCCAAUUUCCAGCUUAAUGUCGGCAACAAUGUAUUUGACGUCGCAUCACCUGAUAAGGACAAAGUGAAGGCAUCUCAGGCAGCCAAGACUGUGGAAGAAGAGCUUGAUCCAAUUGCGCGGGCCCUGGCUGAUCUAAAAGGGGCGGGCAAACAGUCCACCACCCGGAUCUCUGCUGACAGAUACCAUGGCAUUGCUACACCAAACCCUUCAGCUCCUAGUUCAAAUUACAGCAGCGCAUCCGUGGCGACUCCGCCUCCGUCAUAUAACGACUCUUCGGUGAAACGUCUUGAUGCCCCGCAGCCGGCGUUCACCUCCGCGCAAAUGCAGAAGACGACGCAGAAGUACACAGGACAAACUAAUAACAUGCUACGUGGUAGUAGCAACACCUCGGGCCUCGCAACUAGAAACCGUGCACAAUCCCAAGAUGUACCUCGUGCCAGGUCCCCCACCCCAAGACGAAGCGCAAGUCCCAACGUCAGCAGCCCCCGUGUGGAUACCCGCAUGAGUCAGUACAGCAGAGGAGCAAGCCCAAGCCCUAGCACAUACCAAUCCAGCAGUAUGAGAAGUCGGUUCAGUCAGUCACCGACUGUCUCUACCCCACCCCAGCGGCCAGCAGAUGCAGCAUACUCGCCCCGCGAGUACCCAAGGCGAGCUUCUCCUAAUCCCAUGAGCCGUGGCGUUUCACCGCAGCCACAGUUCCGGCAACAAUCCCGCCCGUCGAGUGCUGGAGGCAUGGAGUUGCAGCUCUCCAACCAAGUUGACAUGUACGGUUCUCCAAGACAAGCUGGAAGGCCAGGGUCCUACUAUGACGGGGGAAGCCAUAGGAGCAGGUCCAGGAGCAGGACUCUGGCCGUUGCGGAUCCUGGCAGACAGUUCAGCCGGGAUGGUCGCCCCAUUCUCCAUUUUGCCCGAGCCAUGUAUAGCUAUACUGCUGCAAUUCCCGAAGAACUGGGCUUCGCCAAAGGUGAUGUCCUCUCGGUCAUUCGACUUCAAGACGACGGCUGGUGGGAAGCCGAAGUUACUACUACCCGCGGACGACCCGGUUUGGUCCCCAGCAAUUAUUUGCAAAUUAUCUAAAUAAUGUCCAUUUCAUGAACAGCCUGUGUACAGGUGAACGAUGCUUAUCAUGUGUUCAUGAUGUAGAUACGGAUUUACACGACUUCUAUGGGAUUUUCUAUGUUCUUGGUGCACAUCUUUUCCUCCGUGUUCCAGAUUGCUUACGAUUGAUAUCACCCAGUUGUUGUUUUUGACUUAACCCAUACCUUUUGUUUGCCUUCUACCCUCCUUUUUUUCCUUUGAAUUUCGAGUUCUUGAGAAGCCAGCGUUCGUUCUUGGUUUGGUCUCUAUUCCUGUAUUUGACAACGGCAGACAUGUACGUUCCAGAACUAUUCCAUGGUUCCUGCCCUCUGUUGUCCGAUUCUGUCCUACAACUUUCUAUAAUUUGAGUAAUAAUUAUUUGAUUA